CGCUGCCCCUUCCGCGACGUGAGGGAGAGGAGCGAGGCCAUCCUGGGCGCCGUGCAGGAACUCGGAAUAAGAAUUCCUAGACCGCUGGGACACGGACCAAGCAGAUUCAUCCCAGAGAAGGAGACUGUUCAAGUGGGGCGUGAGGACACCGCGAUGCACACGCUCUUCACAGACUCCUUCGCCACGUUGGGCCGCCUGGACAACGUCACUUUGGUGAUGGUUUUCCACCCGCAGUACCUCGAGAGCUUCCUCAAGACUCAGCACUACCUGCUGCAGAUGGAUGGGCCGCUGCCCCUGCAUUACCGACACUACAUCGGCAUCAUGGCUGCAGCAAGACACCAGUGCUCUUAUCUUGUUAACCUCCAUGUGAAUGACUUCCUUCAUGUUGGCGGGGACCCCAAGUGGCUGAAUGGCCUGGAAAACGCACCUCAAAAACUGCAAAACUUAGGAGAACUGAACAAAAUGCUGGCUCACCGACCCUGGCUCAUCACCAAAGAGCAUAUUGAGCAACUUCUGAAGACUGAGGAGAACAGCUGGUCCCUGGCGGAGCUGGUCCACGCGGUGGUUUUGCUCACGCACUACCACUCCCUUGCAUCCUUCACCUUCGGGUGUGGAAUCAGCCCGGAGAUCGACUGCGAGGGGGGCCACACAUUCAGGCCCCCUUCCGUCAGCAACUACUGCAUAUGUGAUAUCACCAACGGCUAUCACGGGGGCGAGGAGAACCACGGCAGCCCUGCCGGGAGCCUCCCGCCUACAGAGUCUGUCUGUGAAGUGGAAGCCCUUAUGGAGAAGAUGAAGCAGCUACAGGAGUGCAGAGAUGAGGAAGAAGCCAGCCAGGAAGAGAUGGCCACGCGUUUUGAAAGGGAGAAGAGAGAAAGCAUGUUCGUGUGCUCCUCAGAAGAUGAAGAAUCGGCCCCAGCAAGAGAUGUGUCCCGCCACUUUGAGGACACCAGCUAUGGCUACAAGGACUUCUCCCGGCACGGGAUGCACGUGCCCACCUUCCGCGUGCAGGAUUACUCCUGGGAAGACCACGGCUAUUCCUUGGUUAAUCGUCUCUACCCGGAUGUGGGACAACUACUUGAUGAAAAGUUUCAUAUUGCUUAUAAUCUGACUUACAACACCAUGGCCAUGCACAAAGAUGUGGAUACCUCAAUGCUCAGACGAGCUAUUUGGAACUAUAUUCACUGCAUGUUUGGAAUAAGAUACGAUGAUUACGACUAUGGUGAAAUUAAUCAGUUGCUGGACCGCAGCUUUAAAGUUUAUAUCAAGACUGUGGUUUGCACUCCCGAAAAGACCACAAAACGAAUGUACGACAGCUUCUGGAGGCAGUUUGAACACUCUGAGAAGGUCCAUGUUAAUUUGCUUCUGGUAGAAGCUCGGAUGCAAGCCGAACUACUUUACGCUCUGAGAGCUAUUACUCGCUACAUGACCUGAUGCCUCCGGCUGCCCCGUGACGGUGGAAUUUCUGCAGCUGCAGGCUGGCAGGGGAAGCUACGAAGCCUCAGGACCAACAGGAGCAUAAAUUCAGAUGCCCAUUGUGCCAUAACUCCUUUAGUUUCAGCUCUUUCAGUGUUUGGAAUAUCACUGCUGCCCCGGGGCAGCCAGCGCUUGACAGUUGAAAAGAUGACAGAGUUGUGCCGAGGUGCUGCCCCAUCAUGGUAUUUUGGCUUUAGGCAGCAUGGAACACUCUCUGAACUUGGGGCAAUAUAGCAAAUGAUAGAUAUAUAAAUCUUGUAUUAAAGCAAAUGCAACAGGAGCUGGAGCAUGAAAAGAAGUGGGACUUGAUGAGAUUUGCUUUCCCUCCAAGAAUAAUUUUAGAAAAUCUUGAUGCUGCUAUUUGUGCUGGUGGAGUGAACGGAUGCAGGCUGUUCCAGUUAAGCUAAAAGUGACAGUGAGCACUGCUAUUGUCUGAGCCUUUCUUGUGGGUGGUUUCCAAAAAGCCUUGUUAUUGAGCUUUAUUUCUUAAUCAGAACUAAACCUCCUCUCUCCACACUGACACUUGGGAAGAUAGCAGUCACUUCUCUGGAGUAGUCUAGCCUUAAAAAUGCUAUAGGACAUUUGUUCAGCGGUGUUUGGGGAGCUCCAAAGUGCAAUGGUCUUCCUAUGGAAAGGAGAGGAUUUCAGGCCUCAGAGCUUUUUUCGAUGUCUAACUACAUCAAGUGUCAAGUAGCUUUUUCUCCUGUUUUUCGAGGAUGAAUACCUGUCCAGGAGCUAAAACAAAGUAUGGGAAUGUUUUUCUAGACUGCCAACCAGGCCUACUGUAUUACAUGCCCAAUGCUGGUCUUACUGAUUUUUGCAGUUGCUUAAAUAACUAGGCUAAAAACAUCUAUUUUUAGUAAAUCAAAACAUGAUUAAAAUGCUGACAUUCACUAUACAGUGGUUUUGGAGAACACAUGAAUACUUUUGUAUGAGUGUGAAUUGCUUUUUAAAUUUGUCAGUAUUAUUGGUAUUUUUUAAAUAAAGGGUAACAACUUUUC